AUGGUGGACAGCAAGCCCCUUCUUCAGGACAGACCUCCCGCGUACAACGCCGUCCCGGGGGCGUAUGAGUACGGGCCGCCGCAGCCACAGCACGGCUACGGGGCCAUCCCUCCGGCCGCCCCCCCGCCCUACCAGUACCCCGAUGCCCAAGGUUACCCGUCGGCCCAGAUGGCCCCCGCUGUUUCCCAGCAGCCUUACACUGGGAGCUACACCAUCAUCCAGCCCUCGGUAGUGGUGGUGGGAGGCUGUCCUGCUUGCAGGGUGGGUGUCCUAGAGGAUGACUUCACCUGUCUGGGGAUCCUGUGUGCCAUCUUUUUCUUCCCGCUGGGCAUUCUGUUCUGCUUCGCUCUGCGUCAGAGACGGUGUCCCAACUGUGGCGCCACCUUCGGCUAG